AGCAGCUGAUCAAUGCAGCAGACAAAUAGCCUGAUGAUGAUGGCCCGCAUGGAGCAGCCAUCAUCGUUCGUGUCGGUGAGAACGAUUCGCAGUGCGGCGAACGAGGCCCAAAGGGUGUCCGAAUCUGAGGAGGAUCAGUUCUACGGCUGGCAGCUGCUCUUCUACUCGAUCCGGCGUAGCAUACGCAAGAAGGCCGACCUGCUGCUGGCACUGGCCCACUUUCUGGUCACCAAGCAGUACCAUUUGCGGAGCGUGGAUCCCGAGCGGGAGCAGGCCAUCCGGAUGAGCGCCGGCAGCAGACUGAUGCUGGCGGAUUUCGGUAAAAGUGGCGGCAGCGAGCUGCUGCCCGAGCACUGGAACCGCGACGCACCCAAUUAUCGGCUGCACUAUGUGGACGAGCUGGACCGCCAGUACGUGCUGCUGGCCCGGCUGACGCACCACGAUCUGGUGAUAAAUCUGCAGAACUGGACCAGCAAGCGGAUGUCCAUCACCUGCCUGCAGCCGGAGCAUCUGGUGCAAUGCCUGCACAGUCCAGCGCUGGGCCAGUGCAUACCCACCGCCCAGCAGGUAAUGCAUCAUUUGCGCGUUUAUCUGGUGAAUCCGGUGGUACGGGGCACCAGAAAGUGCUCCACCCAGCUGGCAGCCCAGCCCAGUGUCACCUCCAUGGGCAGUGUGGAGUGAGGUGAGGGAGAGGUUGGUUUUUGGGGGGGAAAUAUACAAGUAAAUAU